CAUGGUUUUUUGAUUAUUUUUAGAUAUUUUUUUUCGCAAGCCUUCGCUGACGUUAUCUCGGUCCGUCCAACCGAUCUAUGUUACUGACCUUGGUGAGACCUUCCCUGUCUCUCUCUUCGUCGUUGUUUCUAGCUCGGAGAGCAUUUUCUGCCAUGUCCUUAAGAACUGUCAAGUCUCAGUCUGACAUAUCAGUCAUGAAAACUUCAGACGACGGCAGUUUCAAACGCGCCCCCUCUUCUUUCCGAAGUGUUAUCGAAAAAGGCGGGAAAUUUGAACCAGAGCUUGAUCGUUACCAUUUAUAUGUUUCCUAUGCAUGCCCUUGGGCAACGCGAACUUUAAUCGUCAGGAAGCUCAAGGGUCUCGACGACAUAGUUCCUGUUACCGUUGUUUCGCCCCGUAUGGGCACAGAUGGUUGGCCAUUUGCCACCGCAGAUCAGUUUCCGGGCGCAGAUGCCGACCCUUUGUACAAUUCCCAACAUGUGAAGGACCUGUAUCUCAAAGCUGAGCCAAAUUACGAAGGGCGAUUUACCGUGCCGGUUCUCUGGGACAAGAAAUUGCAGACCGUCGUGAAUAACGAGAGUUCUGAAAUUAUUCGAAUGUUCAACACGGCCUUCAAUGGCAAGCUUCCGGCCGACAAGGCAGCUCUCAAUUACUACCCUGAAUCCCUUCGAGCCGAAAUCGACAGUCUCAAUGAAUGGAUUUAUCCCACCAUCAACAAUGGCGUUUAUCGGUCCGGAUUUGCUACAACUCAAGCUGCCUACGAAGAUGCCGUCCACAAAUUGUUCGAGUCCCUCGACAAAGUCGAAAAACUUCUCGUCGGAAGGGAUUAUAUUGUUGGAAACCAGCUGACAGAAUGCGAUAUCAGACUCUGGGUGACUAUCAUCCGCUUUGACCCAGUGUAUGUGGGCCAUUUCAAAUGUAAUAUCCGGACCAUUCGGGAUGGAUAUCCUGCGAUCAACAAGUGGAUGAAAAAGCUGUAUUGGAAUAACAAUGCUUUCAAGUCCUCCACAAAUUUUGAACACAUUAAGACCCACUAUUAUUGGUCGCAUCCUCAUAUCAACCCUACGCGCGUCAUUCCUGUGGGACCCGAACCCACUGUCCAACCUCUGUGAUGGUUAUGUAACGCCAGUCCGACAAAGAGUAUCAGGUUAAAUGUAAUUGUAGCACGUCCAGAAGAAUCCGAAAGAUCGGUAAAGUUCAUAAAACAAUGCACGAAAUAUUAAUGGCUCUUCGUACAGUAUAUGCAUAAUGAUAUUGAAGUU